AUGAUAAAGGGUGUGGUUAUUUGCAAUACCAGUGGAAAGCCACGGCUUAUUAAGUUUUACGACGAAACCACAGAAAAGGAGAAAGCAGAGUUUCUUCGCGAAGCGUACUCCCUUCUCCAUAGGCGUGCUAAUAGCUCCUGCAAUUUCCUUGAAGCUCCUACGGAACAUGACCUAUAUCGAAUUGUCUACAGGCGGUACUCCAGCAUUUACAUAAUCUUCUGUGUGGACUUUGCCGAGAGUGAAUUGGGGAUAUUAGAUCUCAUCCAAGUGUUUGUUGACUUGUUGGACAAAACUUUUGAGAAUAUCUGUGAAUUGGACCUAAUCUUUAAUGCUGAUAAGGUACAUCAUCUUCUCAACGAAAUUAUUUGCGGCGGAAUGGUCCUAGAGACUAAUCACACUGAAAUACUCAGCCGCUUUAAUGAGCAGCAACGUCUGGGUGACGGUUACACAGACUGCGUCGACUGUAGCAACACGAAGACCUCUUUCCUUUCCAACCGACUUCUUUCUAGCAUGAAGGUCGGCUCCAAUCUCAUCGCCUCUGUUGUUCCCUCCUCUUCCGCAAGAGAAUGGGCCUCAGGUUUGGCAGCUUCAGCCACUACUCUACGUAUUUCCAAGAGGCUAGGUUUCCAAAGCAUCUCGGACGACCCCGAUGACCAAAAUGUGUCGGGAUCGGGGGAGUCUGAAAGACUUUGUCUGUAA